AUGGAACAAAGAGGACGCCGGACUCGGCAGGAGCGGAGGCAAUGGAUAGCGUACAUGCUGACUUUGGUUACGUUUUGGAGCGCAGCAUCAGCUCAGAUCAGAUAUUCUAUGUCUGAAGAGAUGAAAGAAGGAACUGUUGUGGGAAAUGUUGCGAAGGAUUUGGGACUAGAUAAGAGUACACUAAAGGAAAGAGGGUAUCGUAUUGUUUAUGGCUCGACAGAGCCCCCAUUUCGGGUGAAUCAGGACGAUGGUAUCUUGUAUGUAAACCGGAAAAUUGACCGAGAGGAAGUGUGCGACCGAAGCAAGGUUUGUUUGAUUAAUUUAAAAACCGUGUUAGAAAACCCACUAGAGGUCCAUUAUGUAGCGGUGGAGAUUUUGGAUGUAAACGACCACUCCCCCAGCUUCCCCGAAAAUGAAAAGGUAUUAGAAAUUUUUGAAUCUGCAUUACCAGGAGCAAGAUUUCAGUUACAAGCUGCUCGUGAUGCUGAUAGUGGCCCUUUAUCUGUUCAGCAGUAUAAACUGAGCCAGAAUGAGCAUUUUCGUUUGGAGGUGAAAGAUCGCGGUGAGAACCGUAAAACUCCUAGUUUAAUUCUACAAAAGUCACUAGACAGAGAAUCUGUCAAGACUCAUGCAUUACUUCUCACAGCAGUUGAUGGAGGUAAACCUCCAAGGUCUGGAAACAUGAGAAUAAUUGUAGAUGUGUCUGAUGUCAAUGAUAACCCCCCAGUCUUUACCAAAGACGCAUACAUUGUGCAGCUAAAGGAAAAUUCGCCCAUUGGUGCGGUUGUUGUACAAGUAAAUGCGACAGAUUUGGAUGAAGGUUUAAAUGGCGAAGUUGUGUACUCGUUCGGAAAUGACGUGGAUGGAUAUGUACGUGCACUUUUUAAUUUAAACUCAGUGACUGGAGAAUUAACUGUGGCAGAAAUCAUAGAUUUUGAAGAAAGCAGCAGAUAUGAAAUUGAUAUCCAGGCAUCUGACAAGGGUACAGCUGCACUGACAACAGAUAAAAGCGUCAUAAUAAAUGUUAUUGAUGUCAAUGACAAUGCACCUGAGAUCGAGGUGACAUCCUUUUCCCGCGCUCUGCCUGAAGAUUCUAAACCCGGAACCACAGUGGCGCUGAUUAGUGUAACAGACUCAGAUUCUGAUCUCAACGGGAAAGUGAUGUGUUUUAUAAACCAGGGUGCUUCUUUUACGCUGACCCCAUCUUUACAGAAUAACAUGUACUCUCUAGUCACCAAAUCGUCUUUGGAUCGAGAACAACAGUCGCACUAUGAUGUAACAAUUGUCGCUAAAGACGCAGGUGAACCAUCCUUGUCAUCUGAGAAGACAAUAAGCAUCUUUGUGUCAGAUGUAAAUGAUAACUGCCCAGAAUUUUUACUGAACCCUUAUAGUUUCUACAUUACUGAGAAUAACGCUCCAGGAGACUUUGUGUUCUCAGUGAAAGCUUCUGACCGUGACGAGGGUGACAAUGCUUUUAUUUCAUAUCAUAUUUUAAGAGAUAGCAGAACAGAAAAUAGUCUAACUUCGUUUUUGAAUAUUAAUUCAGAAAAUGGAAAUAUUCUGGCACUUAAAACCUUUGACUUUGAGACAGUGAAAACCUUCCAGUUCCAAGUUGUCGCCACAGACUCUGGAACUCCAUCACUGAGCAGCAACGUCACAGUGAAUGUGUUCAUUCUGGAUCAGAACGACAACGGGCCAGUCAUCUUAUAUCCGGUGAGCGCGAACGGCUCUGCUGAAGGUGUGGAGGAGAUUCCCCGCAAUGUGAACGCAGGCCACUUGGUGACUAAAGUGAGAGCCUAUGAUCCAGACAUAGGAUACAACGGUUGGUUGUUAUUUUCACUGCAGGAAGUGAGUGACCACAGUCUGUUUGGUUUGGAGCGCUAUACAGGACAGAUAAGAACACUUCGCUCAUUCACAGAGACAGACGAGACUGAGCAUAAACUGGUCAUACUGGUGAAAGACAAUGGAAACAUUUCCCUCUCAGCAACAGCCACUGUGAUUGUCAAGGCUGUAGAGCCCAAAGAGGCGUUUGCAGCUUCAGAUACUAAAGGUGCAGCGAAAGAUGAGGAGGAGAGUAAUGUGACAUUUUAUUUGAUGAUAACUUUGGCCUCAGUUUCAGCACUUUUUCUUAUCAGUAUCAUCGUGUUGAUUGUAAUGCAGUGCUCCAAACCCACAGACUAUUCCUCCAAAUAUCUACAAGACACGAACUACGACGGGACACUGUGCCACAGCAUCCAGUACCGAUCAGGAGAUAAACGUUACAUGUUAGUUGGACCCAGAAUGAGUAUAGGAUCUACUAUUGUACCGGGCAGUAAUGCGAAUACUCUCGUUGUCUCUGACAGGAGACGGACAUCUGGAGAGGUAAGACACUGUCAAUCACUGUCAUCAGUCGUAACCCAUAACCUUCCUCUCAUAUACUUACUUUUUCGAAGUUCGAGUAAGUCGUUCUCGUCACAGUAUUUUAUUUAA